AUGAAUUUUACUGCUGCAAACCAAACUGAUAGCUGUUUGCAAUAUACUUGUCCAGAGAGAUCUGUAUCUACUGUAAUAUAUGUAUUACUGUAUGUAUCUUUAGCAGCUGUUGUAUUGCUAACAGUGUGUGGGAACCUGCUCAUCAUCAUCUCUGUGUGUCACUUCAAGCAGCUCCACACACCAGCUAACAUGCUCAUCCUCUCUCUGGCUGUAUCAGACUGUCUGAUCGGAGCUCUUGUGAUGCCCACUUCAUUACUUCAGAUGAUUGAGUCAUGCUGGAUGUUUAGAAGAGCUUUCUGUGCAUGUUAUUUGUUAACUGCUUAUUUUCUUACAAGUGUAUCUAUAUAUAAUGUUGCUCUCAUUGCUGUUGAUCGGUAUUUUGCUCUCUUUAACCCUUUUCUCUACACCAAAGCGGUUUCUUUAAGCAGAAUGUGCAUUGUGGUUUUGUGUGACUGGGUUGUAUCACUGUCAUAUAAUUUAACACUACAGUACUUUCAUUUAAAUUCCUUAAGUGGGGCAGUAUGUUCAAGAGGCUGUUUCCUUGUGCUAAAUGAGGUUUUGUCUCUGGUUGAUCUUCUGUUGACUUUUAUUUUUCCAUGUGCCGUUAUAAUCACACUGUAUACCCUGGUUUUUGUUAUUGCCAAGAAACAUGCCACUGCCAUUAGAGAUCUUAACAGGACUCAGACUUCAAAGAAGGUGUCAAUCUCAAAGAAAUCUGAGAGAAAAGCAGCAAAAGUGCUUGGCAUUUUAGUGUUUGUUUUUUUGACAUGUUUAUUUCCAUAUUUCGUUUAUUGUGUAUUAGGUGUGAUGAUCAAAGUAGAAGAAGAAACAUUUACUAAAUUGUUGAUCCUUCUAUAUCUUAACUCUACUAUAAAUCCUGUGAUUUAUGCCUUGUUUUAUCCAUGGUUUAAGAAGUGUGUUAAAUUAAUUGUAUCUCUUCAAAUAUUCAACACCGAUUCAGCACUAAUAAAUGUUCUAUAA